UACUCUGGGUUGGGAGACACCCGGAUCCCAACCGGGCAGUGAGACCUUCGGGCCCAUGGCGGACACCCAGUACAUCCUCCCCAAUGACAUCGGCGUGUCUAGCCUGGACUGCCGCGAGGCCUUCCGCCUGCUGUUACCCGCAGAGCGCCUCUAUGCCCACCACCUGUCACGGGCUGCCUGGUAUGGAGGCCUGGCCGUGCUGCUGCAGACCUCCCCUGAGGCCCCCUACAUCUAUGCCUUGCUCAGCCGCCUCUUCCGUGCACAGGACCCUGACCAGCUGCGCCAGCAUGCCCUGGCUGAGGGCCUUACCGAGGAGGAAUAUCAGACGAAAGUUUUCAAACACAGGGACAUCCACUCCUGGAGCUUCAGUCUUCUCAUCUGCAAGAUAUGCAUGAGGGUAGUCUGUACCUCUUAGGGUUGUAGCGACCUGACUCCAAGAUAAGUGGUGGCUGCUGUGAUUAUAACAAGGGCUGUGGAGUAAAGGAAACAGCUGUGGAGAUUCGGAGGCGGUAGAGGAGUGAGUCCAGUGUAGGAAUCAGGAGGUCUGCAUUCUGGACCAUAUCUUCCUCUACCGUGUUGUGUGUCCCUGGGCAGAAUGUUCUGCCUGUCCCCUUGUUUUUGUCUGUCUGUGGGUCUACUGGCCAAGGAAUACAUUAAUGCCUUCUUAAUGCAUUACAGCAAUGCAGAAAGACACAAAACAAAACAAAAAGGUAACUUGUUCUCGGUGCCCUCCCCAGAGGUAACCACUGAAGAUGGUGGGAUAAAUAACCUUUUCAGUCCUCUGUCUGUAUUGCAUACCUGUACAUGUACAUAUGCACAUGUAUUAGUUCCUUAUUUUCUCUUUUACAUGUGAGAUCACAUUCUACGUAUUCUUAUGAGUUCUGCUUUUUUCACUGAACACCAUGUCUUGGAGAACUUACAUGGGGUACACAUAAAUCCACCUCAUUCUUUUUUAUUGGCUGUGAAGCAUUCCACAGCAAUGUACACUAUAAUCAAUUUAAUCUUUUCUUUAUUGAUGGACAUUUAGGUUUUUCUCUACCCUUCUUACAAACAAUACCACGAUGAGCAUACUUAUGCACGUGUGUGAGUAGGAUCUAUUUGUAGAAGUAGAAUUGCUGGGUCAAAGGCUCUGUACAUUGGCAAUUGAUUGGUGCUGUUAAAUCAUCAUCUGAAAAAGCUUCACCAAGAAUGUAUGAGGAUAUGGUCUGUCUUUCUAUAUGUAAAAUAAAGGGAUUGGAUUGCUUAUCUCUGCGCUGAGGCCCAGGCUGUUUCUUCUACGUUUCUUUGAACUUUGAGUAAUCACAUCCCGUCUCUAGGCCUUGAUUUACUCAUUAAAAGAGCUAAUAGCUGGGGAAGUGCUUAUUAAUGGAAAAGUGCUACCCAAGUAUUCAUUAUUUUCAGUGGGAUUCUUUUGUUUGUAAGUAACAGAAACCCACCUCAAAUUGGCUUAAAUGGAGAAAAAAAAAACAACCUUGACUCCCAGUCUGGUCUGGCAUGUCAGGAACUUAGGUGUUGCCCAUCUGUUCUAACAACAAGUAAAAAGCUGAAGAAAUUGAAAAAUCAACAACUCUUCUUAGAUCCUUAAGAGAAGUGAGGUCACAGGGCAAACUGCUGCCCCCAAAAUUGGAGAGACAGACAGGCAGGUACAGAGAAUCACAACUUACCAGAGCAAAAAUUCAUGAGCAGGAACCUCCACAGAACCAGUGCUGGGGUAGGAAAACCUGAACUGUAACUGAUGAAUUGCUGGAGGCUCAGUGUGGACAAUUCUAAGAGUUAAAAACUCCAAGGAGACCCAGUCAUAAGGGGGGCCCACAGUUUGGGGGGUUUUACCUCCAGGAGCUUGACCUGGUUCUCAUAAUGAAUUUCAGAGAAAAAGUCCCUCAUGCUCCUCACAGGAGGAGAGGAAAAGGAACCAUUUUUGAAAUAUGCUAGAACAUUCUGUUCUUCCUAACAUGGUCUGCCCUCAGGAAAAACUGUUUAACUAGAACCGAACCUGCUAGGGUUUUAUCAGAGCCUAACUGAUCUGAAAGAAGGGAAAUACCCAACUCCAUAGCUCUGACCAUCUGUCCCACCUAAGAGGAGUGGUGGGAACAUGGGACUGAGAAGCACAUGUGAAGUUCACAGUCCAGCAGCAAAGGCUCACUAAAGGACUGAGACCUGAUCAUGGGACUCUAGAAUGCUUCCCCUGCCCCCACACCUUACCAUCACCUUAAUAAAGGCCUAUUUAUGACAGUUCCUUUUACCUAGCACAUCAUGUCUGGCUAUCAAGAAAAAACUUCCAAAACAUUCUUAAAGGCAAAAAACACUGCUUGAAGAGACAGAGCAAGUAUCAGAACCAGACUCAGAUAUGGCAGGGAUGUUGGACUCUUCAGACCAGGAAUUGAAACAACUAUGACUAAUAUUCUAAGGGUGCUAAUGGAUAAAGUAAACAGCAUGCAAGAACAGGUGGGCAGUUUGGGAUUAACAUAUAUACACUACUAUAUAUAAAAUAGGUAAACAACAAGGACCUAUUGUAUAGCACAGGGAACUAUACUCAGUAUCUUGUAAUAACCUAUAAUAGAAAAGAAUCUGAACAAGAAUACAUAUGUAGAUAUAAACAUAUAGAUAUAUACAUAUAGAUAUCUGAAUCACUUUGCUGUAUACUUGAAACUAACACAAUAUUGUAAAUUAACUAUACUUCAAUUAAAAAAAAAAGAACAGAUGGGCAAUGUAGGCAGAGAGAUGGAAAUUCCAACAAAGAUCCAAAAAGUGCUAGAGAUCAAAAGAACACUAAUAAAUGUGAAGGACACAUUUGAUGGGCUUAUUAGUAGACUUGACAUAGCAGAGGAAAGAAUCUCUGAGCUUGAGGGUAUCUCAAUAGAAACCUCUGAAACUAAAAAGCAAAGAGAAAAAAGACUGAAGAAAACAGAACAGGAUAUCUAAGAACUGGGACAACUAUAAGCAGUGUAACGUAUAUAUAUAUAGUGGUAAAACCAGAAGAUGAAAGAAAGAAACAGAAGAAAUAUCUGAAAUAAUAAUGACUGAGGGGCUUCCCUGGUGGCGCAGUGGUUGCGCGUCCGCCUGCCAGUGCAGGGGAACCGGGUUCACGCCCCGGUCUGGGAGGAUCCCACAUGCCGCGGAGCG